AUUCGCAUUCAAGAUUGAACUCAAAACCAACCACUGGCUUUACUACUUAAGUCUCUUUCUCUUCCCUCAUUCUCAGUAACAAAAAGAAAAUUAUGGAUUGGUCCCAAAAGCUUUAUUUUACAGCUUUUCUAAUUGUUACAGCAGCAGCAGCAUCCAUUCGUGGAAUUCAUGGUUAUGCAAUGGUCUCUGGCACUGUCUUCUGUGACCAAUGCAAAGAUGGCCAAGUCUCUCUCUUUGAUUAUCCUCUAAACGGAAUAAAUGUAGCAAUGGCAUGCCCAGAUAACAAUGGGCAAAUGACAACAUGGGGAGAAGAAACAACAAAUUGGCUAGGAAACUUUGCCAUGAGAUUCGAUGGCACUCCAGAUUUGAGUGGUUGUGUUGCACAGGUUACUGGCAGUAGUGAGCAAGGGACAAGAGGAUGUGGGACAGGAGGAGGUCAAGGGAAAUCACCAAGAUUAAUGUUUAGGAUGUUUGAUAUGGAAAUGUAUACAGUGGAUCCUUUGAUUUCUCAGCCAGCAGAUCCUAUGUCUUUCUGUCCAAAAUCUUCUUCAUAUCCACAACCACAACCACAUCCCAACCCUGUUUCCCCUUCUAUACCUCCAUUGCCACCACUGCCACCUACUCCCUCUUUGCCUCACUUACCCCCAAUGCCUCCUUUCCCUUAUUUGGAAGCCUCAGCUUGCCCACACCAGAACUGGAUAAUGCCAGAAUACAGAUGCUAUUGGAAAGUAGUAACCCCAGAUUCUAAAGUAGGAGUUGUAUUUGGUCUAAUUGCUGCUAGAAAAUAUGGAACUGAUAUAACAUUAUGGGAAGGAAUGAAAGGCAGAGGAGAACCUUAUAAGACUUUGCUAAGAGAAGGGACAACUGCACUUUUGAAUUCUUAUAACAGUGUGCAGUUUCCUUAUCAUCCAUUGGGUGUAAUUCAGCAUAUGAAUUGGGCAUUAAUGGGAUCUACUCAGCAUGUUUUGCACACAGCAUUGAGUUUUAUGAGGGCCAAUUCUGGCAAUUGGAAUGCCACUUGCAAAUUCAAUCCUUGCAAGUGAUUAAUUUGGUUUAUUAUUUCAGCUGGUUUAAAUAAUUUAUGUUCCUAGUAUACUUUUCUUAAUAUAUAGUUGAGCUAAUCACGUUAUACAAAAAUAAAAAAUAAAAAAAGCAAUACUGCACGUUACGUUAUUGCUCCAUUGCAUGGAUAAGAAUACGACGUUUGGCUUAUACUGUUCCUACAUUUGCUCUGUACUUCUUUGUAUUUUGGAGUAUAUCAUAUUUUAAUUUAUUGAUAUUACUGCUUAUAUUCUUGUUCA